UGCUAUUAGUAUUUAUAGAAAAAUGUCAACCACCUGCUACCAGUUUCUUAUCAAACAUUACGCUAAUAUUGGCAUGGAUUGAAAUUGUUUGACUGGUGCAGUAAGAUAUUUAAUAUGACGUAACAGACGGGUAAACCCAGUCAGGUGCUGAGUGGAAAAUGACAACUUAUUUCGUCUGUUUUUGACGCAGUCUGUUUAAAUGGUCAACAGAACGGAAACUAUGGCUCCGUUUAUGAGUAUACAGGACCACUAAACCGAUAGAACCCGCAGCUUCAUUAUUUGUAGCUUGCUUAUGCAUUUGAUGUCACAUUACAGAUUGGUCAUUUAACCAAGGAAGGUGGAAGCAGAAGUAGUAAAACUAUCAGUUCUGAUACGGCAUUACAGAGAGUGAACAAUGAAUAGUAGACAGUAUGAUGACCCAGCAGAGAUGCCCUUAUUUGGAGAACGGAGACCCAUGGACCGUGUUUUGAAUCUGAUUGUUGGAGCGUUUACAGCUGUAGUUGUGUUAGUUACUCUCAUCAGUGCAAUUGCAUUUCAAUGGCCACCAAAUGGAGUAGAUGUCUUUUUUGCCUGUGUUAUUGUCCUCACUUGUGCAUCUCAUUUAUUCCUGAUUUACUGGUAUCGCCAAGGUGAUUUGGAGCCGCGAUUCAGAACAAUGAUUUUCUACAAUGCUUUUACCAUCAUUUUGCUGUGUGUGUGUGGAAAUCUCUAUAUCUAUGGACUUGGUUGUCCGAACUCAUAAAACUCUCUUACUGUGGUCCAUACAACCACAGACGUGCUGACUUCGAAAGCUCUGUUUUCAUAAUAUAUACAUGUGUGUCCAUGGACUUUGGUGUCCAGACAUGUAGAGCUGGGUAUCUCAGUAUACAUUUCUGAGAGCAAUCUUUACAGCUUGUUGCUUUAACCAGCAUGACAACUACAGAUUCCAGAAAAGAAGCCUGGGAUGUCUUCUGAGAAGACAUUUAUAAGAAAAGCUUAGACCUCGCCAUUUAAGACUAGUUCAAGAAUAAUAAUUUUUAGAUCCCUUUAGCAUGUAAAUGUAUAUGAUAUCAAAAUGGUAAUAUCUUAAAUGGCUUCCCAUAAUCUAACUUAGGACAACAAUUAAUCACUCACCUCCUCUCUUUUUUUCAUGACGAUGUCUGAAAGACUGCUGCUCUUGGACUGUAUUGAAUUAAAAAACAGACAGUAGUGACAGUAGAGGGCACAAAAUCGUGUUCAUCUGUCGACAGUUAAACCACAACCCAAUGUUGCACUCCCAAUAUACAUGUAUUUAAGACAGCUGUAAAGAAUUGUUCUGAUGGCUUCAUGUGCAUGUGCAGAAAUGUAUACAGGGUGAUCAACUCUGGUGAGCCAUGUUUUUAGGAGGGGGUGAGGGGUCAUCAUUCUCCCCUGGAAAAUGUAUUUUGAAAAAUGAAGAUUCGCUUGGUCUAAGUGCAGAUUCAUGUUCAGUUCUUGUUAGGAAGAUGAAGAAAACUCUGCAUGGAAACUGAAGAAUGAAGACAUUGAAAACAUAUUAUUACUUUUAUUUCAACUUAUUAUUCUUAUCAUGUAUUUCUCAAAAUCAAUACUCGCUCAUACUACCAAGUGGUAGAGAAUCAUUUUCAUUUCAUAACAAGUUUACCAAUAAUUGUAUAGCCGUAAACGUGCAUCUUACAUACAUUCAACAGGGUUUUUGGUGUUUUAUUUUGACAUAAUAUAUGCUUUUGUCUUGGAUUCAUUCUAAAUGUUUCAACUGGAUUUGAUUUUAGGUUACUUUGCAGGCCUCUGAAUGAUCGUUUCACUCGCACAUCAUUCGCGUAAGUCUAGGUUUGCAUAACCCAUUUUUCGUUCUUGACCAAAAAAAAAGAAGAGUUAAAUAUGUUACAUUAUCAUUUGUCACUGUUCAUAUAAUGAUAUAUUUGUAACAGGUUACCUAGAAAAAAAGGGUUACACAAACUUUCAGUACUCAGAGGUCUGCUGUGUUUUAUCACUAGUUUAACCUGUGUUAUUUAAAUGUGAUGGCACAAUUCCAUUUCUGUAAGGUAUCUGAUCAGUGUGAUGCAGUAAUCUUGUUAAGCUACAACUAUUGUUGGAAUAUUCUCAUGUUGAUUCACAAAUGUCUCUUAGGAAUGUAAAUUAUAUUUUAUUUUAUUUAUCUAUUGAAUGUGAAAUGAUUUGGCAAGACUUAGCCUACUAAUCACCAUAAACAUUAUAGAGUAUGAGAUACUGAAACACUGUACCGGAUACAGGGUGCAAUGUUCUACAUGAACCGUGAUUGUCUGUUUGUCUGUUACACAAUUCACAGUCGUAUUCUUAAAUUAAAGUGACAGACCCUAGUUUUUAAACACUUCAGCAUAUUUUUCACAGUUAGACCCAUUUUUGAUCAUUUAAACUAAAAGUUUAUAUUUUGGAAUAUCCAUUUUCUUGCAUGUAAAUUGUUUCUGAUCAUCCUGGGUUUUUGUUUUGUAAUACCCCAAAAUAUAUCUUUUAUAAUUCUAAAAACAUACAGUAUGUACCUCUAAGAAAAAACGAUUAUGGAGCCAAGCUAUUUAUAGAUGGUAUAUUCAUGUUUUAACAUCGCAGACUUUAGUUUCACUCGAUUAUAACUAUUAUACAGUGUUUUACAGGUUUGUAGACUAACCAAACUUAGUGUCCAUCUUCAGUGGUUCAAACUAGUCUGUACCUGGAACUUUGUUCAUUUAUUACAAAAAUCUGGGGCCUCUCAAAAAGUCUUCUUUGGUUUUUAUACCUAAUGUGCAGUAAUCAAAUGGGAAAAAUACUACCUCAUUCCAAAUCAGUUUGUUUAAAAUUCAUUUGGAACAUCAGUAUAGUACAAGACUGUAGUAAUAAUGUGUUAGAUGUAUGCUAAUUUAAUUCACAUGACCUGAAAAUCAGUUACAUAUAUAAAUGCAUCUGAUAUAACUUAUGGUUACUUAAAAAAAAAAAAAAAAAAAAAAAAAUGUCCUUU